AGCAAGAAGCGCAAGAGGCAGUCCAACGGCGUAGAUACACCGAGCAAGAAGACGACCGCGAUCAACGGAGUGCACCAGAUUGACAAGAUCAAAGUCACCUUCACAGACGAAGAUGGACUGCAUCCAGUACUACUCUCCACACCCGGCCUAACUACCCCUUCAUUCCCAUUCGAGUCAUAUGCGAGGGCGUGGUCAAGCAAAGAUGCCAGCAGGACUCCCGCACCGAAGACGCACGAGCUGCUCCUGCACUCAUCCCAACACCCACGCAUCGACUAUACCGCAUCCGCAUCCGCUCUCGAUGAGCAUCUGGCGCAUUACGUCGCCGUCUUCGACCCAACAACAAGUGCGCUGCAGAUCACACCAGCCCAUCAUGUGACUCUGCGAGCCGCACCUCGAAAAGCUGGUAUCGCAGACGGAGAUAAGGAUGAAGGCAAGGCAACCACCCGGGGCACCUAUGCCGCACAACGCGAAACACUAGGCAGAGAAUUCGGCACGAAGAAGGCGCAGAAGGUCAUCGCCAGCCGCACCCAGAAUGCCAUUUCCAAGGAUGCCAAAGGCAAAGGCAAAAUGAGUGAAGCGCAAGACGCCGUCCUCGAAUCCAUGGCUACAUCAACCCCCGCAACCGCUCCAUCAAAGCAGCAAGAGGACCUCCUAGCCUCCAAACCCAUCCCCCAACCCAACCUCGCCGCCGAAACAGUCGAAGAAGUCUACCCCUUCUCCACCCUCAUCCCACCACACACCUCCCGCCUCAUAACCAUAACCGACUGGCAAACCAAAGCCCGCGCGAACGAGGAGAUCCUGCUAAACCACCGCUUCCCCGCCUUCCGCGUCGGCGCUCUAGGAAAGUCGGACGACAUCCCCAAGCUCAAAGCCCUGCGCUACCUCGCCUUACUCCUCGACUUCCACGACGCCCUCGCCGCCGCCGGCCGCGCGGGGAAAAAGGUACCGAAGAAAGAGAUCCUGCAGCGUCGACUCGCCGCUUGGUCAUCACCCGAACAGCAACAACUCGUGGAUUCCGUGAGGCGACGCUUCGCGAACGAGGCGAACGAGUUGCCGAAGUGGCAUAUGGAUAACCUCUGCACGCACAUCUGCGCGCUGAGUCUGUAUGUGGAUGGGUGGAUGACGAAUACUACGGAUCUGAAGUUGGAUUUGAAACUUACGAAUCAGGAGUUGGGGAGGUAUUACGCGGAGUUGGGCGCGAAGAUGAGUGCGCCGACGGAGAGGGAGAAGGUGGAGUGGAAGAUCAAGACCAAGGCGGAGGCGGCGGACACGAAGGUGGCGAGGUUGAGGCUGCCGUUGGAGUUUCCGAAG